AGCGGGAGGAGGAGCUGCGGCUUCAGCGGCCACUCGGGCAGGUCGGCGGCGCCACGGGAAGCCGCCGACGGCGCGGGCUGCCUGUCCCAGCGCGCAGGAGGCGCGCGGGCGGCGCUGGGGCCAUGGAGCCUGGUGACGCGGCACGCCUCGGCCCGGAGCGGGUGGUUCGGGCGCUGCCACCGCGGCUGCUGCUGCUGCCGCUGCUCCCGCUGCUGCUGGGUCGGGGGCUGCGCGCGGCGGCCUCGGCCUCCUCCUCUGGGGCGGCGGCCGAGGACAGCAGCGCCAUGGAGGAGCUCGCCACGGAGAAGGAGGCGGAGGAGAGCCACCGGCAGGACAGCGUGAGCCUGCUCACCUUCAUCCUGCUGCUCACGCUCACCAUCCUCACCAUCUGGCUCUUCAAGCACCGCCGGGUGCGCUUCCUGCACGAGACCGGGCUGGCCAUGAUCUACGGGCUCAUCGUCGGGGUGAUCCUGAGGUACGGCACCACUGCCACCAGUGGUCAUGACAAGUCACUCAGCUGCACUCAGGAAGACAGGGCCUUCAGCACCUUAUUAGUGAAUGUCAGUGGGAAGUUCUUCGAAUACACCCUGAAAGGAGAAAUCAGCCCUGGCAAGGUCAACAGUGUAGAGCAGAAUGACAUGCUGAGGAAGGUAACAUUUGAUCCAGAGGUCUUUUUCAACAUUCUGCUGCCUCCAAUUAUUUUCCAUGCUGGAUACAGUUUAAAGAAGAGACACUUUUUCAGAAACCUUGGGUCUAUUCUGGCCUAUGCCUUCUUGGGGACUGCCGUUUCCUGCUUCAUUAUCGGAAAUCUCAUGUAUGGUGUGGUGAAGCUCAUGAAGAUUGUGGGGCAGCUCUCGGAUAAAUUUUACUACACGGAUUGUCUCUUUUUUGGAGCAGUUAUCUCUGCUACUGACCCAGUGACUGUCCUGGCGAUAUUUAAUGAAUUGCAUGCAGAUGUGGACCUUUACGCACUUCUGUUUGGAGAAAGUGUCCUAAAUGAUGCUGUUGCCAUUGUACUGUCCUCGUCUAUUGUUGCCUACCAGCCAGCGGGGCUGAACACUCACGCCUUUGAUGCUGCUGCCUUUUUUAAGUCAGUUGGCAUUUUUCUAGGUAUAUUUAGUGGCUCUUUUACCAUGGGAGCUGUGACUGGUGUUGUGACUGCUCUAGUGACCAAGUUUACCAAGCUGCACUGCUUCCCCCUGCUGGAGACGGCGCUCUUCUUCCUGAUGUCGUGGAGCACCUUCCUUUUGGCAGAAGCCUGUGGGUUUACCGGCGUUGUAGCUGUCCUUUUCUGUGGAAUCACACAAGCUCAUUACACCUACAACAAUCUGUCGGUGGAAUCAAGAAGUCGAACGAAGCAGCUCUUUGAGGUGUUACACUUCCUGGCAGAGAACUUCAUCUUCUCCUACAUGGGCCUGGCGCUGUUUACCUUCCAGAAGCACGUUUUCAGCCCCGUUUUCAUCAUUGGAGCUUUUGUUGCCAUCUUCCUGGGAAGAGCUGCACACAUCUACCCGCUCUCCUUCUUCCUCAACUUGGGCAGAAGGCACAAGAUUGGCUGGAAUUUUCAACACAUGAUGAUGUUUUCAGGCCUCAGGGGAGCGAUGGCAUUUGCACUGGCUAUCCGAGACACGGCAUCUUACGCACGCCAGAUGAUGUUCACAACCACCCUCCUCAUUGUCUUCUUCACCGUCUGGAUCAUUGGUGGAGGCACGACGCCCAUGUUGUCAUGGCUUAAUAUAAGAGUUGGUGUUGAUCCAGAUCAAGACCCACCACCCAACAAUGACAGCUUCCAAGUCUUACAAGGGGAUGGUCCAGAUACUGCCAGAGGAAACCGGACAAAGCAGGAGAGUGCAUGGCUAUUCAGGCUGUGGUACAGCUUUGACCACAAUUACUUGAAGCCCAUCCUCACACACAGUGGCCCCCCAUUAACCACCACUCUCCCAGCCUGGUGUGGCUUGCUCGCUCGAUGUCUGACCAGUCCCCAGGUGUACGACAACCAAGAGCCGCUGAGAGAGGAAGACUCUGAUUUCAUCCUGACCGAGGGCGACCUCACCUUGACCUACGGGGACAGCACAGUGACUGCGAACGGCUCCUCAAGCUCCCACGCAGCCCCCACGAGCGCCGAGGAGGUGCUGGAACGAGACCUGGGAAUGGGAGAGCAGAAGGUUUCCAGCCGGGGCACCCGCCUGGUGUUUCCCCUGGAGGAUAACGCGUGACUCCCCGCCCUGAGCCCUGAGUGACGGGGUAGGCCCACUGGCGGGGUGAGGAUGGCUGCGAGCUUGACGUGGGGCCUUGACUGAAUGGAACUAAACACUUCUAUUUUAUUGGGGUCUGAAGAUAUCUUCACAUUUAAAAUUUAACCCAAGACGCAGCUAGUGGGGCUAAAGUGUCUCUAAAUUAAGACAAAUGCAGACCUAUUCCCACUUUGUUCACAUAGUAGUGCGCUGUUCAGAGUUAAACAAACAAACAAACUAAUAGCAUGCUUUAAUGCUCUCUUCAUUCACUCACCUGCAGAUCUGAACAAGAUGUGGCAGGUUGAAGAACUCCUGGGGGUUCUUCCCAGGAGAGGCUUCGUAUCCAGACACAGAGAUGCAGGUCUAGCUGGUUGUAGGAAUAGCAAGGGGGGGGAACAGGCUAGAAAAAGACCGUGAAGGAAGGCAGUGGAGAUUGGACCUCCAAGGAUUGUGAGAAGCUGGUGUUAAACGGGCCAGAAAACAUGAAAAAGCAAUUUGAGUGGAGGCUCCAGCAGCGAGGCUGCGUGACUGCACCCUCCUAUCAGGAUUCCUGCCCUUUUUGGCUACCUGUGUUUCCUCUAGACUGAAGGUUGGAAAAUAUGUCCAUGAACAUUUCAACAUGGGGGAACGAAUUCCAAUUCCUUCUCUGGAAAUCUCCAUAAAGAAGAAGUUACUGAAAUGUUUGAAACCAAAGGCAAAAUAGUGUUAUACUGUUGUUUUUAAUUAAUCUGAGGACAGGAGAAACUGUUUAGAAACUGAUGGUGAUAUCACUGCAAAAAUCAGUCAGUUCUUGAAGGCUCCCAUAUGAGCUGGCUGCCUGGAAAACGAUUAAUAGGACUGGGUUCUAUUCUGGAUUUAGAAAUAACACCACAAUUUGUGGGGUGCAAUUUUAUCUAGGGAAGAGAAGGCAGUAAGAAGCCUAAGAGGGAACAAGCUAGUAUUCGGAGGGAAGAAAUCUCACUGCAAACAAAACUAACUGCAAAGAAAAUACAAGAUAGUAUUCUUACGACUGAGUAGAAUUCCAAACUUUGAGCUAAUAAAUACAUGAGAUUUCAGUGGCCACGUGGGGAAUCAGAGGCAAGUCAAUGAAAAGUUCAGCAUUAUUCACCUUGAUGGAAGGUUCUGUCUACUAUAGACAGAUUAAGAAUCCAGAUGUCUUGACAUUGAAUGCCAUGUAGAGAAGGGCCAUUUUCUUGGUAUCUGGGGAGCCUUGCACCAGCUUAAUGUGUAAGUGUGCUUUAAAAUUUAGGUUUUUAGCUUGGGUUCUUUGUGGAUGAGCUGUUCCACCUGCCCGCACCUGCAGUAGGUGAAAUACUGAGAGAACUCUUGGAAACCAAGUUUGAGAUUCUCCCCAUGUCUCUAUGCUUCAGUGCUAGUAUAUUUGAAAACCCAAUUUCUAAAAAAUGCUUUCAUAAAAUGUGGGCAUUUUUCUUAUUAUGGCAGACAAAAUAGUGACCCAGUUCAGUCUAGGACACCCAUAAUGAAGUCAGUCAUUUAAUCUUCUUGACUCGCAUUUUUAAUGGUUAAUUUUUAAAUAAGACAUUACUUGAUACUUUGUUUUUGAAUUGAUAAUUUAUGCAAACCAGGAAAAUUUUAUUAUUAGGUUAAGCCAGAUGAAAUUGCUGACAUUCAACCAUUUAAAAAAAAUAGGGCAAUUUCAUAUGGUUCAAUAUAAUAUAAUUGAAUCAUUUUUAUUCCCCUCUUUCCUUCGUAUCUACACUAAAGUCCAUUUUGAUUUUAUGGUCAUCCAUGGGCUUUGUCCUCUUCACUGCAAACAUUUUAUUCUAACCUACUUAAAUAUAAGUAAAUGGAGAUUUGCUAAGGCUAAAAGUUAGCUAGGUUUGUAAUUAUGUGGUUGGAUUUUUUAUUCAGUGGAUCAGAGUGAAUCACUGACCUGUCGUCCUAAUUUUGGUUUGCAAGAUGUGGAGAUUAAUCCUGACCUUACCAGGGGUCAUGGGAAGUGAGUCCACUCAUCAACAUGCUUCCACCCCUCAGAAGCAUCAUGCCUGUGCUGAGUGGCAAAAAA